AAAUCAUUCAAUAAUACAACAAAAUCUCAGCACUUUUUCAAAAAGCACAGUCCUCUCCGGCGAAUUCCGUCGCAACAGAGUCCUCGCCGGAUUGCACUCAAACCGGCGCGAUCGCCGGCGUACAUCAAUUUGUAGAGGUUUGUUGAAAACAAGUGUUACAUUACAUUACAUCAACCAGAUUGUGCAUAGCUUAAAUAUGACAGACACCUUAAAAGACAGUCCUUUGGUGAAGAUAAAAGUGCUGUUUUUUGCACGAGCGCGUGAUCUUACCGGCUUGAGUGAGGUACCAUUGGAAGUGUCAUCUGGGAGUACUACUCAAGAUUGUUUGAAAAAGCUUCUUGUUCAAUUUCCACGUUUGGAAGAAAUACAAGGAUGCAUGGUUCUGGCUCUGAAUGAGGAGUAUACAACGGAUUCAACGAUCGUUAAAGACAAGGAUGAGUUGGCCGUUAUACCUCCAAUAAGUGGUGGAUGAUUCAACUUGUUAGUAAUCUUCUUCCUUCUCUCAAUUUGAUUCAGAACUCCUUGUUUGUUUAGCUUACAGAGUGACUCAACAUAUGUGAAUCUUGUAAUAAUGUCUUUUAUAUCAAUUGAAUAAAUAAUUGAAGUUAUUGUA